CUGCUGUUAUCCGAAACCAUGAAAAAAUUCUAGAUAUUUCCCAAAACGAAGGCAUUUUUCCAGAAAUAUGUGUCAAGUAUCAUCGGUCAUGCAGAGCUGAGUUCACUUUGAAACGAGAUUUAGAAAAGAUCAAGGCUGUUGGAAAUGUUGAUCAUAGCGAUGAUUCGACUAGAAGGAGCUCGAGAGAUGGUCACUCAAGCUCAGUUAUACUACCUGACCAAUGCAUAUUUUGCAAGAAAUCGAAGUACAAGCCAAACACGAAAACAAGGGAAAAACUGCACAGCGUUCAGGAGUUUCGUGCUGACGAGAAAGUGAAAAAUUGUGCUAUUUUACAUGUUCAGCAAUCCAGCAGGCAAAGUGCUGUUGCUAGAGAAAUCAUUGGAAUCUGCUCUAAAGAUUUAAUGUCCAGUGAAGCAAGAUAUCAUGCCACAUGUUAUAAAAACUUUGUUCGUAUUUCGUAUGAUACCAAGAAUCACGAAGUCAAUAGUACAAGCGCAACUGAAAGUAGAUGUGCCAAAUUGCAACUAGUAUACAAUGAACUUUAUAGUUUUUGCGAAGAUCUGAUUGCAAAUCUACGAGUAAUAGAGUUCCGUGUUAUUAAAGAAGCUUUUAUCAACAAGGCAAGUGAACGCGGAGUCAAUAUACCCGAGUCAGAUAAAAAAAACCUCACUCGAAAGGUCAAAAAUAUAUUCCCAGAGUUGUGUUUUGUUCAUUAUCAAUAUAAUAAAGUGUUAGUUUAUCCUGACACAUUGCCAAUGGAUGAGGUUGUAUUGUAUAACUUCAUGUUUAAGUCAGAGCUACAAGCCCUUAAAGUAGAAGAUAAAAGUGAGGACAACGUUAUCCGAGUUGCACGACAGUUACAUUUCGAAGUUAAAAGUCAUCAAGCUCAGAUGUCCUGGCCACCAAAUGAACAUGAGCUGACACCAGAAAAAAUCCCUUUAUACAUCCCACAUUUGCUGGACGUGUUUCUUACUGUUCUAAUUUCUGGGCAUUCCUUGAAUCGUGAUAAGAGCAAAACGGAAAAAACUGUACGGUUGAAAGAAUCCUUUGGUCAAGACAUCGUUUUCUGUGUCACGAACGGUGCUAUCAAAACCCCCAGUACAGGGGUUUCAGAAUGAUUUGAAGUAGGCGGUUGUACCAAAAAAGUAGCCGGCUGUGACUGAUAGUUAAAUAUAGAAUACGUAAAAGUACAACUAUUAACAUGUUAGAUUUAGAUGUCAUUUACAUUUAGAGGCGGACCAUUUGAUUUUUGAGAGGGGGUUGGAAGAUUCAGUCUGUGCAAGAAUUUUUUUUCCACCCAGGGGAAUAAGACCGAUAUUUUUUUCCUGUAAAAGUGCAGCGCAAGAUAUUUUUUUUCCCAAUAUAUUUCGCGGCAGGAUAUUUUUUUUGCCUCUCAUAAUAGCUGCUUUCAGUAACUUAAGGCUUUCAUAUAGCUAUCGUCAGAGACGUUAGCCAGGGUUUUCAGUCAGAGGAGGCCGAGCCUGAAUCCCAAGAGGGGCCAAGGAAUUUUCACUGUGCUUUAUUUUAUAAAAAAUAAAGUGGGGGAGGUACAGUAUAUUAAUCACCUGUAACCUUGGGGGGUUCGGGGGCAUGCUCCCCCGAGAAAAUUUUAAAAUUGGAACCUCGGAAAUGCUAUUUCCUACGUUUUCAGCCAUGGAUUCGUUCAACAACUUUGCUGUACUAAGCCUAAGGAACACUUACUGUCCUUUAUUUUAAAAAAGGGAAAAUCACAAAAUGAGCUUUGAUUAAUACAUAAUAAAACAAGAUUUCAAUAAUGCGAUUUUUAACUGCCCUCCGAAACAACGUUCCACCAAAUAUAGCUCUGUAGCUUUUCAAUCGUUCAUACAAAUAGCUUGUUCGGGAUCGGGUUGCAUCCUCUUCAGAAAUUUUUUAAAAUCUAGACUCUCUAAACUGGCAUUUUCGCAUAAGAUCAUCAUAUAUACAGUACGUUCAACUUGCAUCCUAUAGAUGGGCCUUUGAAGCUUUAAUAGUUUGGAGCUAUGUUAUCAAAAAACGCACACAGACUCAACCAUCCAAAAAUACUUUUUCUACCAUGCAUAUUAGAUAUGUAUAAAUAACUUAUAAACUUGUACAUAUCUUAAGCCCAGAUUUUCUCAGGGGGGGGGCAACAAUUUUGCCAGGAAACGCUACAGGCUAUCGUAUGCUAUAGACUCCAAAGGUGCCAGAAUCCCUGUGAUAUUGUCCACUGUUCACCCAGUGUUCUUUUAAGCAAAUGUGCCUGCUCAAAAAUGCAAAAUCUUGCAAGCCUGUGGACACAAUACUGAAGUGGAGAACAUCAGUAGAUUUACAUGUAGGAAUUUUUUUUGAGCGCUUUCUUUUGCAUGAUAUUUUUUUCCUCGAUUGUAUGCUGCAUGAUUUUUUUUCUUUUUCCUUGGAUUGCAGGAAUUUGUUUUUCGAAAUCUUCCAACCCCCCCCCUCAAAAAUCAAAUAGUCCGCCCCUUAUACUUGUAAGUGAUAAUGUGCUACUUGUAGUUUAAUUUUUACAGCUGCAUGAACAGAAUGACAAUGUACACUACACUACAGUAAUAGUAAUUAUUUUAUGAGUCCGAAAUCAUUAAUCAAAUGAUGUUAUAUUUGUGUGGCCUGCAUAAUGAACUUCACUUCACCACUUCUUCUUUCUUUUGCUAUGUUUGGUACUAUGUAUUAUAAUUUAUCUUAUUGAUCCAAAAUAAGUCAUGUUUUGCUUGAAUUCAGGGCUAGAAUUUUAUCACGGCAAUUGCUGUAGAGGAAGAACAAAAUGCUGUGGAUCAUUGCGGCAAUGACGGUAAUUUUUUGCCGUAUAGUAUAAUUUUUAAACUCAUGUUCACUGUGCAUUACUAUUUUGAUACUUGAAUUCAGAUGUUGAUCAAAUCAUCCUUAAAUUACUAUUUUAGUUUCAGUUUUCUUCGAAAAAAAACCACUAAAGAAAUACGUAAACAUGUUUCUAGCUUGUCAGCAAUUUAAAGUCUGUAACAAUAAAAUUAAAUUUUUAUUACAGCAAUUUAAAAAAAAAAUGCCGUGGAAACUAGCAAAAUUGCCGUAGACAGCUGUUACGUUCUACGGCAAUUUUUAACGCCAUUGCCGUCAAUUGAUUUCAGGGAAAUUCGAGGCCAACUUGAAUUCCAAUUGGAACAUAACAAACAUCGUGUUGGUUCGCUUGUACUUUUGUAUAUAAAAUUUUUCCUGUGACCAGACGAAAAGUAGCUGGCGGAACUCCGCUGGCCGCCGGCUUAUUCUGAAACCCCUGGUUGUAAAAGGAAUUUGCAAUAACACAGAAAUUCUGAAACUUAUUAAUAAGUAUGGACAUGGUAUCAGUUAUGACUUGGUAGAAGAAAUAGAAACCGAGAGUGCAUUGAAAGUUAUAAGUGAUCAAAGGGAUAAUCAUGUCGUUAUUCCUGUUGAUUUGGAGGAAAUGGAGAGAAGUAGUUCAGUGGGGAUGAUUGCUGAUAAUAUCGACAACUUAGAGUGUACGCUGAGUGGAUCUGGAACGGAGAGAAAGUCUGAACUAGACGGGGAACAGAGUGGAGAAGCUUUAGAUGACGCAUGUACUUACACACCGCCGACAAAAAGGAAAUACAAAAGAUCUCUACCAUCAGAUGUCGUGACAAGAGUGAUUCCCGAGUACUAUGGUGGAAAGCGGAUUGGACCAGGGGAGUUACCUCACGUACAAAACCUAGGUGUUCCUAAUUUGCGUUAUGAAGAGAAGGCGAACGAAUUACGGCAGCGCUAUCUUGUUUGGCUUGAAGUCAGGAAAUUAAAAACACACCCUUUGCUAUUGGUACCUGGAUGGACUGGUUUCAACAUUAAAACCAGAGACCAUGUAGUAAUUGUGGAAAGCGUUAUUAGUUACCUAGACACCAUAGAUGCCGCUGCUACUGAUCUGAGAACUGCUUAUGAGGUGUUGUCAAGGGGUUGCGAGAUAAAGGAUAGAUUGCAGUUGAAGGCAGUUGUUUGUGUUUUCGAUCAGGCAUUUUAUGCGAAAGCGAUGGAAAUAUUCUGGAAACACAAAUCCUUAUUCAAAGGUCUCGUGAUAAUGAUGGGUGGAUUCCAUCUCCUCAUGAUGUUGUUGGGCGUCAUUGGAACCAGGUUUGGCGAUGCUGGUCUCCGGGAACUUGCUGUACAAAGCAAAGUUGUUGCCGAAGGUUCAAUUGACAAAGUGCUGAUUGGGAAGCAGUAUAACAGAGCUGUGCGCCUUCACAAGUUGACAUACGAAGCGCUAAUGAGACUUAUUCUGAAGGAGUUUGAGUCGUCUGUUGAGUUAGUAAUGCCUCUGGACCUAGAACAACUGAAGCUAGAUCCUAAUCAAGAGGAGAUUACCAAGGUGCUACAUAGUGAUACGUUCCUCGAGUGGGAGAAGCAGUUUAAUGCAUAUGUUCAUGACAUCAAGAAAAGUGGAACUGACUUAGCAAGAUUCUGGCUUACAUACAUCGACCUGUGCGAACUAGUACUCAAUUUAAUUUACGCCACGCGCACAGGUUCAUGGGAUCUCUAUCUUGUGUGCAUCGAAGAAGCCAUCAAUUGGGCAUUUGCGUAUGAUCGACAAAAUUACGCGCGAUACCUAGUCCCAUUUUUAAAUGACAUGCGAAGCUUGUCCACCACAAUGCCUGAAGUGCAUGCCGCAUUCAGUAAUGGUCAAUUUUCGAUCCAAAUGGGAAAACGGAAUCCCUUCGGACGCAACGAGGCGGACAAGACUAUUGAGAAUACCAUAAAUCGAGAUUGCAAGACAAGCGGUGGAUAUAUUGGUUUCAGCGCUAACUUUGCUGCGACUCAGAGAUGGGUGCUUAACGACACAAGGCGUGCUGCAUACAGGAAACUCAUGCGAGAGCAUUUGUCCAUCGCAACAAAUAAAGCGUAUGUCCACAACGAGCUGACGCCAGGAAGAAUAAAAGCUGACGCGAGAGAUGUCGAUAAAUUAGCUGACCUCCUGGAUGAAAUAUUUAGCAAUCCUUGGAAAACAAACGCCGAGUUCACGAGCUUGUCCACGGGGAUUUCUGUGACAACUGAAGUACGUGAUGACCUGUUGAAAGCCAGAGAAAGAGGUCAGAAAGCAGCAAAAGAGUUUGUUCUAGUCCGAUCUUCUGCGGCCCCAGAGAAAGAUUUCUACGAUCCAAUGAAGAAAGUAAAACUGAAGACGUUUAAGAAUCUGAAAACCACCGUUAAAGUUCAAUCGAAGGCUAAAGUCAUCCCCCUACAGAUGGAUAGAUCUUUGUUCGCUCGCAUGGCAAUGCUCAGUCAAUUCCGUAAAAUUGACACGAAGAUGGUCUUCACAUAUCCACUAGACCCCUUCCCUGGUCUCUAGCCGAUCCAUAUGGUUCGCCAAGAAAGACGAACAAAGCAACACUUGCCCAACAACUUGAGAAGAAUGUCAAGAUCAUGGAGCGAUAUCCUGAGAACGCAACCUCCAUCUAUGACAGAAUGGCACUCCUGCAGAAGUUCAAGACUCCAACUGGCGCAACAUUUCAAGUGGUCAGUGAAAAAGUGUUUGAAAUGGUAACCAGCACUAACAGCAAACGAAUAGAUGUGGUGUUUGAUAGAUAUAAGAAAAUAUCUAUCAAGAGUGUUGAAAGAUCGAAACGGGCUUCAUCAGCUUCUGAUGGAAUCGGUACAAGAACAUUCUUCCAGGCUAUAAAGUAA